AUUUCAUCAUAUUUUUAUUUUGACACAAACUGAUAAGACUGAACUGAUGACAAAUUCAGCACUGCACCUUUAAAAGGAGGCCUCGGGAGGCCACACCCCCUUUCUCUUUCUCACCCUCGGGGUGACGUCACCGCGGCUUCCCCAGCCGUUAGACUAAUGAUGCUGGGAGCUGAGCAGUACUGAUUUUUUUCUCUCUUCCCAACGUGGAUGUCAGUCUAUCUCACUCUGCACUGUCUCUCUCACUGGUGCUCUGGCUGAGAAUCGGGGAAUCUGGGAAUCAGAUUCUCCUCUCUUUUCCUCUUCUCUCUCUUUUUCUUUCAUUUUUUUCUCUUUUUUAGCAGGGAUGUAGUACUCUUCAUUCCAGAUUAACUUCAGCAACUCUUUGGCUGUCUGACUUGCUUUUGCUGGCUGUCCAGGUUUUUUUUUCUCUGUCUUUGGUCUUUUAUCCUUUUGCUGCAUUGGUUCUGCAUUGGUUCUACAUUGGUUUUGCUUGGUUUUCUGACUGGUUUCCAGGGACCAUGGCCCUGAGGGAGAGCAUCCUGCCCAUCAGUGAGGUGUCAGGUCCCUUCCCUGAGGUGGUGGAGCUCAACGUCGGGGGCCAGGUGUAUGUCACCAAGCACUCGACGCUGGUCAGCGUGCCAGACACCACGCUGCAUGCCAUGUUCUCUCGCCGGCCACUCCGCGACCUGCCACGCGACAGCCGCGGCCGCUUCUUCAUUGACCGCGACGGUUUCCUCUUCCGCUACGUGUUGGACUUCCUGCGUGACCGGCAGCUGGUUCUUCCCGAGCAUUUCCCCGAGAAGGAGCGGCUCCAGCGGGAGGCUGAGCACUUUCAAUUGGCGGAACUCCUCCGGCUGCUGGGACCACGUGUGGCUAAGCAGAGCUCCGGCAACGACGAGGGCUGCCAGAGCGACAUCGAGGAGAACUCGCAGGGCAGCGACCUGGCUCGUACCACCUCGGACAAGCGCUCAGGCUUCAUCACCCUUGGCUACCGCGGUUCCUACACCACGGUGCGUGACAACCAGGCCGACGCCAAAUUCCGCCGAGUGGCACGGAUCAUGGUCUGCGGCCGCAUUGCCCUGGCCAAGGAAGUCUUUGGCGAAACGCUCAACGAGAGUCGGGACCCGGACCGUCCCCCGGAAAAGUACACCUCCCGCUUCUACUUGAAGUUCACGUACCUGGAGCAGGCCUUUGACCGCCUCUCAGAGGCUGGGUUCCACAUGGUGGCUUGCAACUCCACUGGGACGGCUGCCUUCAUCAACCAGUACAGGGAUGAUAAAAUCUGGAGCAGCUACACAGAGUACAUCUUCUUCAGACCAGCCACCAGGACAACGUCUCCAAAGCAGGACUGCGAGGACCACAGGCAUGAGAAGCAUCCAGACAAAGGGAGCGAGAGCGGCGCCUCCCUAAAUGAGCUGUCCACCUCCAGCUCUGAGACACACUCUGAAGCCACCUCGCCUCAGGAUGGCUUGGUGUGCGGGGCCUCCGCUGCACCUUGCGGGGCCCUGCAGUCUGUCUCCCGGCAGCCCAGCACGCUCACCCUGGGCCGACCCUCUAAGAAAGGGUCCGUACAGUGGAUGCAGCUGCCAGACAAGAGGCGCAACAGUGAGCUCUUCCAGUCACUGGUGGGCAACAAUAGCCCCCGAGAGGGAGGCCUCAACCGAAGGAAGCUGACCGAGAAGCUGAGCGUCGAGGAGGAGAUGAAGCAGUGCAUCCAGGACUUCCGCAAGAUCAAAAUUCCCUGCGAAUUUCCCGAGCGCAAACGCCAGUGGCAGUCUGAACUGCUCCAAAAGUAUGACCUCUAGGGUACCUUUCCAGCCACUGCCGUUCUCAAUUUCCUCUUUUUAUUUAUCUUCCCUGUUCUGGUUUCUUCUCAGCCACAGCGGAAUAUAAUAUGUACUGUUUCUUUUUUUUUUUUUUUAAUGCCUCUUUAAGGGCUGGUCAGAUGUAGCUC